GGCUGUUGCGUCGGUUUGUUUUCGCAGCCAUUUUGUGUGGCAUUACUGGGAAAAAAAAAAAAAAAAAAAGAAGAGGAGAAGGAGAAGAAGAAGAAGGCGGCUCGGGCUCCAGUGGCGGAGAGCGCGGCGGCGGAGGCGGCCAGCUGUCACAGCCUCUCCCUUCCCCCCUCCUCCUCCUCCUCUCACCCUCCCCACCUUCCAUCCCCGAGCCCGGCCUCCUCCGCCAGGAUGAUGAAGAUGAUGAAGAGGGGGACGUGCCGCCGAGUCCAGCCGGGGAGAAUCAGCCGCUGCGCCUGAGGCUCCUCUGUGCUGCUAGACUGGUCCCCUGCUGCCAGACUGGUCCCCUGCUGCCUCUUCUCCCCUGCGCUCCAUUGGUCUAAGGAUCCUCUGGCAUCAUCAAGACCGAUGCAGGGACCACAGCCCUGCGUUGGAUGUGAAGAUGCUGAAGAACAGUGCAACGCUGGAGCAUGGGGGAUCAGGUGGCAGCAGCACAGGAUGCAAGUCCUCCUCCUCUGUGUGUCUGGCUGCCCCUUUUGCCUUUGUCCCCACUGAGGCAAGCAUGUCGAGCCAGCACAGCCACGCUCCUUUCUCCGGCCUCCAAUCAUCAAUGGCUGAUCAUCAGCAGGUCCUGCCAGACAUGACAAUUUUACAACGGCGGAUUCCAUUAACCUUCCGAGAUUCAGCAGCUGCACCUCUACGGAAGCUUUCAGUGGACUUGAUAAAGACUUACAAGCACAUUAAUGAGGUUUAUUAUGCUAAGAAGAAGCGCCGUGCCCAACAAGUGCCACCUGAAGACUCUAGCACGAAGAAAGAAAGGAAAGUGUUCAACGAUGGAUUUGAUGACGAUAAUUACGAUUACAUAGUGAAAAAUGGGGAAAAGUGGAUGGACAGAUAUGAAAUAGAUUCACUGAUUGGGAAGGGAUCGUUUGGACAGGUGGUGAAGGCGUAUGAUCACCAUGAUCAAGAAUGGGUAGCCAUUAAAAUCAUCAAAAACAAGAAAGCAUUUUUGAACCAGGCCCAAAUAGAGCUGAGACUUCUUGAGCUUAUGAACAAGCAUGACACAGAAAUGAAGUAUUAUAUUGUGCAUUUAAAGCGGCACUUUAUGUUUCGGAACCAUCUCUGUCUGGUGUUUGAACUGCUGUCCUACAAUUUGUACGACCUUUUAAGAAACACAAACUUCCGCGGCGUUUCCCUGAACCUGACCCGCAAGUUUGCUCAGCAGCUGUGCACGGCUCUCUUGUUCUUGGCCACUCCCGAGCUCAGUAUAAUUCAUUGUGACCUAAAACCAGAAAACAUUCUCCUGUGUAACCCAAAGCGCAGUGCCAUCAAGAUUGUGGACUUUGGCAGCUCCUGUCAACUUGGGCAAAGGAUCUACCAGUAUAUUCAGAGUCGUUUUUACCGAUCGCCUGAGGUGCUGCUGGGAAUGCCGUACGACUUGGCGAUAGACAUGUGGUCAUUAGGGUGUAUAUUGGUGGAAAUGCACACUGGAGAGCCUUUAUUCAGUGGAUCUAAUGAGGUGGACCAGAUGAACAAGAUAGUGGAGGUCCUCGGAACUCCCCCAACCCACAUGUUGGAUCAGGCCCCAAAAGCAAGAAAAUACUUUGACAAACUUCCUGAAGGUUCAUGGACUGUAAAGAAAAAUAAAGAUAUCAAAAAGGACUACAAAGUACCGGGGACUCGGAGACUUCAUGAAGUUCUGGGCGUGGAGACUGGUGGCCCUGGAGGGCGCCGGGCCGGUGAACAGGGACAUUCUCCAUCCGACUAUCUCAAAUUUAAAGAUUUAAUUCUGCGGAUGUUGGAUUAUGACCCCAAAACUAGAAUUACCCCUUUCUAUGCUCUCCAGCACAAUUUCUUCAAGAAAACGACGGAUGAAGGGACAAACACAAGUAACAGUAACUCUACAAGCCCUGCAAUGGACCAUAGUCACUCAACCAGUACAACCAGUUCCGUGUCCAGCUCAGGAGGAUCCAGUGGCUCUUCUAAUGAUAAUCGCAAUUACCGGUACAGCAACAGAUACUAUAAUAGUGCAGUUGCCCACACAGAUUAUGAAAUGCAGAGUCCACAGACUCACGCGCAGCAGCAGCAGAUAAGACUGUGGGCAGGCGGAGAUGUCCCCAUCACCAACAGCGACUCGUACCCUCAGAUCUUACCUCACAAGCCCACUCCCAGUCAGCCGCAGCAUUUUCAUGGAAGCGAACCGCAUCACCCUCACCCGCUGUACCAUCACGUCAACCGGCCUCACUACCACCGGCAGCUCAUCACCUCCUCCUCUCCGCAAAUCCCCGAAUCCAUGGAGCUCAGCUUGGGACACAGACACCCCCAGUCUUCCUCUUCAUUGCACCCACACCACCCUAGCUUAGACUGCAGUCCUUUUGGCUCCUCAAACUUACACUUAGGGGUUUCUGCUUUUCGGACUAGAACAGUCAGCGGGCAUAACGACUCCAGCGUGCCUCUGAAUUAUCCCUACUCUAGCAACACAUCCAGCAUGGUCGGACCACCUCAUAUCCGAAACAGGACGGAAAGUGAAGAAAGUGCGAUGUUAGGCGUUUGUGUCCCUCAGAGUACAGCAGCAAGCUCUUGAUGUUUCUUUCAUGUAAAAUUAAAGCCAUACCAAUAAUAGAAAAAACAAAAACAAACGAAAAACAACAAAAAAACAAAAACGAAAUACUGAAUUCGGAGGAGGGCUUGACAGGCUGCAGGGUGGGGUUGUGGAAAAAAAAAAAAGGGUGAGCUGGCUUUUAUCACAACCAUCAAAAAAAAAAAAAAAGUUGUCAAGGUGUAGCUGUUAAUGUGAAUUGUUUAUUUAUUAAAAAAUAAAAAUCACUACGAGGGGAGUGUGAAGUGUGUGUUGACCCAUGAGAAGCAGUUUUAACAGACUUCAAAUUGGACUGCUCUGUUUUUUAUUUUAUUUUUUAUUUUUUUGUUUUAUUUUUGUGUUUUUUUGUUUUUUUUGUUUAUUUUUUUUUUGUUUUGGUUUUAUUUUAUUUUUUAUUGCUUUUUUGACACACUGGUAGAAGUUUAACCUGUGCAAAGACUUCAAGACAUUUCCAAUGCUUCCAUUUCUAUCACCAACUUUUUCCUUCUUCAGAAAGAAGCAGGAUGAAUCCAGACUUUCUUUGCACGUCAGUGAACUCGUUUACAGGCCAAAACAUCAUUCUGCAAAACACUGUCUGUGCCACUUGCCCUACGCUGCCAUCUUUAACCAUUCAUCCAGAUCUCCUGUGUUCGCCCCCCCGUCCCCCCGUCCCCUCCAGGCCCCUUUCCCCGAUUUAUACCAACUUUUGCUAGGGUGCAAUUAUCGCACUUCACUGGAAUUAUCUUGGCUGCUAACUCCACUCUCUCAACUGGAAUUGCUGCUAAAACUCUUUUAACAGUUUGCUUUCUAAAAAAGAAAAAAAAAAAAACUAAAGGUUCCCAUGUCUUUUAUUUAUAACUUCGUACUCGGUCGGUUUUAGCUGUAUCAGGAAGGAAUUUUAGGAGCAUUUUUUUUUAUUUUAACUGAUUCAUAUUGCAGAAGUUCUUUUCUUGCCCUUCCCACUUUUCUUUUUUUUUUUGGUCAUCUUUUCAGUUCAGUCCAAUCUUUUAUUUUUUUUUUUUUUUUAUACUUUUUUUUUUAUUUUGUUUACACUACAAAUUUGAUUCCCCUCCGUCUUUAUCUUGCCGCUUCUUUUGUUUGGUGCGACCAGCACACUUUUCAUGGGUUGUAAAAUUUCUAAGCCCUUGCUUCAGUAUUAAAACUUUACAGUGCUAUGGUGCUGUAACAGUAGGGUUUUUAUUUUAAUUUUUUUUAAUUUUUCAAAAAAAAAAAGCAAAAUGUAAAGAUUAAACUGUCCUUUUCAUAUCUCUGUGGAUAGUAAAAGUAAUGUUUUUAUUUUUAUUUUCCUUUUUUAUUUUAUUUUGUAUUUUAUUUUUUUGUUUUGUUUUUGUUUUUUUUCUUUUUUAAUUUAUUGUACCAAAGAUGGUAUUGAGGUUUCACUUUGAAGAGGAAAAAAAAAAUUAAGAAAACUCAGACAUGUAAAAUGAUUGUCUUUUUAAAUGUUUCCUUUCUUCUGUUCUUGCGUGUUUAAUUGGGCUUACAAUUCUGAAUCAUGUGUAGUUGCUGUUGGACUCCAAGGCCUUUCACAUUCAUGUUUGUUUCAAGUAUUGUGGGUGAUUUGGAGGAUCCUAAAAAAAUAAAGGACUAGCCAGCUACGUAUCAAGCGGUCGGUCUGAUUGUGUCGCCAAACUCUUAUGAGCAUCUGUGACAGCAACGCGUUGCCCCAGCUUGUAUAGUUUGUAAAAUUUGAAUUGCUUUUUUCUUUUUUUUUUUUUAACAGGAUGGAAAUGUGUUUUUGUAAAUGUACAAAUCUUUGAUUCCAUCUCUGAUGGUAGCAAAUACUUUAAGUAAAAAGUGCAGCUAUACUAUGGACAGUCAAAUAUUUACUUGUUCUUAACAGUAGCCUUUACUGACCUUUGUAGCUACAGAUACUGUGGAGAAAUUCAGUGUUAAAAUUUUAAAGCAGUGCCGCAAUCGUUUCAUUUCAACUGCUCAGCUGACUCGGUUUCCCUCCCAGCAGUGACUUUGCAUCCCUCCUGCCUUUUUGAAUCUAACAUAAAUGCAUUUGCACAGCAAAGAGGUGGGAGCAGAGUCCCAGACCUUGCUUGAACCACUUCAAUGCUUCGCUUUGAGGAUAUAUUGAGCUACAUAUCCUCUAGCUACAGAGGUCAAUGAAGAAUUAUUUAAAAAAUGUACUGUUGAGUAUGACGAUAUUUGGAAGUCUAUAGCAUCGCCCCAUUUAUACUUUUAAAGGCUUAGUCCACCAAAAACUAAUAUUUUAGGGAUGGGUGGGUGCCAGUGGGUCAGAUCACCCCUCUGUAUUUAUGCCUUAAGACACCAGAGCUUGUCCCUGAGUUUGUUCCUCAAGCUCCAUGAUAUCUCCUUCAAAUCAACAGUGUGAUUAAAACUGGUCCAAAAAACCCCCACACAACCAACCAGGGAAUUUAACGUAGGGACAGUUGGGCAGUACUAAAAUGUAUGAACUUUAAGAUGGGACACCUGGGUGAUUUAACUCCAUGGCAUCAAUUCAAAACUAAAUUUUAGUGUUUAGGUGGAUGUAAUGGCACAGGGUAUUCUUCACUGCAUGACCAAAGACCACUGGACCUCUUUCAUGACUCCGGUCUUUUUGACAAAUGUGCCUUGACAGGCCAAGUUCUUGGAACUCACAAAAUUUUACAUCUGACCCCUCUAUCCCUUCAGCCUCUCUAGCGGGGGUCAUCUUUGCAUCUUUUUGUUGUAAGCGCCGCAGUCUGUCACGGUAGAGAAGUAGUGAUAUUUGGUUGUGCAGUUACCUGUUAAAAAAAACGAUCUGUGACAUCAAAGUUAAAGUGUACCCGUUGCUUAUAAUCCCGUGGAGACAGUUUUGGGCUUGACCACAAAAGAUUGCCCAUCUCCCCCAUCUGGGCAAAAAACAUUGGCCUAUUAAGAAGUGUGCUUUGUUUCCUUUUUUUCUGGGGUCUUGGUGCUUUUCGAAGUCACAUUUUAUGUAAUUUGGUAGCAACUUUAAAGUCCCUGCUACUCACUGCAGUGAAUUUCCUGAGGUCUGUACAGAUGUGUCCUCCUAGGCACCUACAGAUCGUCCCUGAGUCUCUCUAGGCCUCUAUUAUUUACUCCCUAAGCCCAAUAGCGAAGUUCUUUUUAGGCACAUAGAAAUGCCCUCUACCUAGGCUUGUACUGCUGUCUCCCCCCCAGGCCCAUAGAGUUGUUCCUAGGCACAAAGAAAUGCCCUCUGUCUAGGCCUGAACACCUGUCUGACACCCCCCCCAGGCCCAUAGAGAUGUUCUGAGGCCCAUAGAGAUGUUCUGAGGCCCAUAGAGAUGUUCUGAGGCCCAUAGAGAUGUUCUGAGGCCCAUAGAGAUGUUCUGAGGCCCAUACCUGUACACUUGUCUCCUCCCUAGGUCCAUAGAGAUAAUCUUCCUAAGCACAUAGAAAUGCCCUCUGCCCCAUACACGUGUCUCCCCCCUAGGCCCAUAGAGUUGUUCCUAGGCACAAAGAAAUGCCCUCUGUCUAGGCCUGUACACCUGUCUGACACCCCCCACCCCAGGCCCAUAGAGAUGUACUGAGGCCAGGCCUGUACAUUUGUCUCCUCCCUAGGUCCAUAGAGAUGAUCUUCCUAGGCACGUAGAAAUGCCCUCUGCCCCAUACACGUUUCUCCCCCCUAGGUCCAUAGAGAUGAUCUUCCUAGGCACGUAGAAAUGCCCUCUGCCCCAUACAAGUUUCUCCCCCCUAGGUCCAUAGAGAUGAUCUUCCUAGGCAUGUAGAAAUGCCCUCUGCCCCAUACACGUGUCUCCCCCCUAGGUCCAUACAGAUGAUCUUCCUAGGCACGGAGAAAUGCCCUCUGCCCCAUACGCUUGGGUGUGGGGGGGGGGGGUCAAUCUUCUCGUCUAGGCAAGCAGAACGCAUGUGGGAGCUUGUACCUUUUCACAGUUCCAGCACAUGGCGAGGAGAGCAAUCGGAACUUCUCUUUUCAGGUGGUCUACUUUAAGGAACCUCUAAUUUUGGGCAUUUUUUAAUGAAAGCACGUUAUAAUCAGCAGUGAUGUUGGUAUAAGUAAUUUUUAAUGUAUUUAUAUCAUAUGUAUUCGACCCAAAGUGAGUUAUUGGUUUUAUUCCUAUAUCAAGUGACUAAAAAAAAUGUCACAUCUAGUUACUAGAUGUGUGUAAAUCUAGUGACUCGAGCCAUGUUUUAUUUAUGUAGAAUGUGACAGGAUGGUUUAAAACCUUAUAGCUUAAAAAAGGGGUUAUACUUGACACAUUGUCUCUCCCGUUUUUAAGUGACAGGUACACUUUAACCCAAUUAUGUGUUAAUUAUAAAAAAGGUCUCCUUAAGGGCAUUUCCAAACCACUUGUGCCAGACCUCAAAGGACUCUUAUGUAUCGUCUGGUGUAUGCUGUUUUUUCUUUUUUUCUUUUUUCUCUGCUUUUGUAUCGGAGUUGAAUCAUGUUAAUGUACAUUCUAGUAAAGGCAGUUUUCUUAAAGCCUCCAAUUUUAACUAUUUAACAGAGUGACAUUUUCUGGGCUUUAAGGCUUGUGUGUUUGUUCCAUAUCGAUUGUGCUUUCCACCUCCUGGACUGGCCUGAAGAGCAGUCAACUACGCAACUGGUUUUAUCUACAGGGUCUUUUCGGAUUGUAAAAAAAAAAAAAAGAAAUCGGUUGAACCCA